AUGCAUAUUUGCAGUGAUACAACCGUCACUUUGAGGCUAUUCGACUCUCAAGUUGUGUCCUUCCACAAAAAGCUUGAAGACAUGUAUGGUGAUCCAAACGUGAUUGUCGCUACUAGCAUAAACCCAAAGAUGGUUGGAGGUACUGUGAUGUCUCAUAUGGAAUAUUUGUUUAGGUUGGUCGCUAGAGACACUGUUGACCCAUCUAACGCACCAUUGCUGAAAGGAUAUGCAAAGGUCGAGACACUAACCGUAUCGGAGCUCAAUAGUUUUAUAACCUCUGCUCCAUCACAGGACAUUGACUUUAUUUUCACUGGUACACUCGAUCUGGACAAGGGAUGGUGUUAUGUUGUCUGCUCCAAAUGCAGUAAAAAAUUGCAGCGUACUGUCUCUGCUUCGGAGUUCUCCGUUAUCAUGUGGAGUUGAAAAUUGCUGAUAAUACUGCUGAAGGUGUGUUCGUGUGUUUUGAUCGUGUGAUGACUAAGCCAUAACCUCAGAGCAAGUGAAGCCGGUCUGAUGUUGGUAAGAUAUUCAAUGGACUUCUUACAUGAUUUUAUAUAUAGUUGUUAGCAUAGCUGGUGUCAUCAAUCUGACAAACAUGCUGAGGAAGGAGUAAAUCCUAAGGACUUUAAUGUGCCUCCCUUCAUCACAGACAUGGAAGGAGAGUUAGUGCAUAUAGCUUCACUGCACACCAUCAGACAUUCACCAUCGCACGCAUCCUUAACGAACAUGAGCGUGUUCCAGCUCCUGACUUUGUCGUCGAUUGAGCAAAUGAUGCUGAUAUGCUGACCAGCCAGAUGGUAGUCCAAUUCCUGUUUAGACAGAAUCUGGAGAAGGCAAUAGUGAUGCAGAUGAGGGUGUUGAUGCGAGUCCAGAUGAUCCUGCGCCAAAGAAGAGGAUACACUCAUCGACCAAGGUGGUCAAGAAAGCGCGUGUUGCUUGAAACAAAAUAACAACAGUUAUGGUUUCAUAUUCCAAGUUUUAAUAAUGCUUACUUAUAUGCAGUUCCUUCGCACUUUUG